AUUUAUUGUUGUGUGUUGCGAAGCAUCAUCCAAUCGAAGAGAAGACGAAGAAGUGUUGUUGAAAGAGAGAUGAGUUCGUCUACACCUCUGAGACUCCUUCUCCCUCUUACACCUUCUUCAUUGCUUUCUCUUUCACCGCUCAGAUCGCUAAACCCUAAUUUCAAUUGCCGCUCCUCUUCUUCUACUACUACAUCGUGUUCUUCUUCCCAGUGUCAGCUUUUUUCUAGUCGGAGACAGCGUCGAUUCAGAUGUCUUCCCAUGUGCUUUCCCAACGGCCAAGACAACGCAGAUGAUCUUGUUACAUGUGGGCUUGAAUCAGAUGAAGAUUCCGGGCUCCGGAUUCCAACUCAGGCUCAGGCUAUCGUUGAAGGUUCUGGUUCAGUUGCUGUCUCGGAGCUUAAACCCGCCGCUGAUGUAGAUUACAUACAAGAGCUAUUGGCGAUACAGCAACAAGGGCCUAGAUCAAUUGGCUUCUUUGGUACAAGGAACAUGGGUUUCAUGCAUCAAGAACUCAUCGAGAUACUUAGCUACGCCAUGGUUAUUACAAAAAACCAUAUAUACACUUCAGGUGCAUCUGGAACUAACGCGGCUGUUAUCAGAGGUGCAUUGCGAGCAGAGAGACCAGAGCUUCUUACAGUGAUUUUACCUCAAAGUUUGAAAAAACAACCUCCUGAGAGCCAAGAACUCUUGUCUAAAGUACAAAACGUUGUAGAAAAGCCACAUAAAGAUCACUUGCCAUUACUAGAAGCCAGCAGGCUGUGUAAUAUGGACAUCAUAUCACAAGUACAACAAGUAAUAUGCUUCGCGUUUCAUGACAGUAAGCUUCUCAUGGAGACAUGUCAAGAAGCUAAAAAUCUCCGCAAGAUCGUCACUCUCUUCUACCUCGAUUGA